CAUUGAUGAAAAUAAUAGUUGUGGGAACUCACAUUGAUAAAGACGUUUGCCGGGAAAACAGCAGAGUACUACGCGACCAAAGCGUGGGAAGCACAUGAAAGCACGCGGCGAAGCACUAUCACACACACUUUGUUUGGACUUUGCUGAUAAUUAAAGCUGUUCAGUUCGCUCGUGGACUUCUUUAGCCAUAACACACGCUCCGACCAAGCCAAGCAAACCAAUUCACUGUGAUUUCGUUUCACUCCGAAAAAUCUGUUACCCAAACAGUUUCGGAAGCCACUGUACAAUGGAAUUCAUUCAAAACAAACAACCCCCAAUCUCAACUCCAACAACGAAUAUUGCCCAAAACCCGCGCGUGCUCUCCACUCGCCCACAACCCAAUUCCAGUCAAAGGUCUGAACUUGAACUCAAUGAUUGCUUAUCUGCAAGAAAAAUUCAGAAGGCUGACCGAGAGAAAUUGAGGAGGGAUCGACUAAACGAGCAUUUUGUCGAGUUGGGAAAUGUUGUAGAUCCUAAUAGGCCCAAAAAUGAUAAAGCAACCAUUCUAGCUGAUACAAUUCAAUUGGUAAAGGACCUGACGUCUCAAAUCAACAAACUCCAAGCUGAGCAUGCUACACUAAGUGAAGAAUCUUGUGAGUUGACACAGGAGAAAAACGAUCUCAGAGAAGAGAAGGCAUCUCUUAAAUCCGAUAUAGACAACCUUAAUGUUCAAUAUCAACAGAGAGUUAGGGCAAUGUUCCCAUGGGCUGCUAUGGAUCACUCUGUUGUCAUUGCACCACCAUCUUAUCCGUAUCCGAUGGCAAUGCCAAUGCCUCCAGGACCAAUUCCAAUGCAUCCAUCUAUGCAGCCAUAUCCGUUCUAUGGAAAUCAGAACCCUGGGGUGAUUCCUAACCCGUGUUCGACUUUUGUUCCAUAUGUGACUGCAAAUACGUUGGUUGAACAACAGUCCACCCAAAAUGUAUCUCAACUUGUGCAUCCAGGCAAUCCAUCCCCCAUCUUGGGAAAGCAAGAUUCUAGAAACAAGUCAUCUGGGGAGAGCAAGAUUGAAAAAAAAAAGGACUCCAAUGAUGUUACAACAGAACUGGAGCUGAAGACUCCUGGAUCUACUGAAGAUCAGAGUUUGACAUCGGGAAAGAGAAAGUCUAAGAAGUCUUGGAGGAAGGAAAACAAUGAUACUGAAGGGAGUUCUUCAAGUAGGUGUUCUUCAUCAAGUAGUGUGAAGGAUAGCUCAUCUAAUAGCAUUAUUGGUGGUGGAAAGGCUGGUGACUGAGAAUUGGAAGAGACUAAGCUAGAACAGUUAAAACUAGGUUUUGACCCAUGAUAGGGUCAGCUCUGCUGUGAAUCAAGCUGCUGCUGUGCACUGUGCUGUGCUGUCAAAGCUUAUCUGAUUUGGAAGGAAGUUAGGAUAAUUUCUGAUGAGGCAAUUAGUAGUUAGUUAUAGUUAGUUAGAUCCAGCUAUUCAUAACUGAUUGUAUAACAGAUUUAGGGGGACUAGCUAUUGCUAUAAGAAGCUGGGAACACUUGUAAAGAAUCAUCUUGGAAAAUACCAUGCAAGUACUCUCUUUGAUCUUUA